AUGGGUGUCCUUGAUAUUGUUCCAACAGGUGUUAUAACCGGUGAUAAUGUUAUGAAACUAUUUACUUAUGCAAGAGAACAUCAAUUUGCUAUACCAGCUAUUAAUGUAACAUCAUCAUCAGCUAUUAAUUCAGUUCUUGAAGCUGCACGUGAUGCAAAAUCACCGGUUAUUAUUCAAGUUUCACAAGGUGGAGCUCAAUUUUUUGCUGGAAAAGGUCUUAAUAAUGAUGGACAAGCUGCAAGUAUUCUAGGUUCUAUUGCUGCAGCACAUCAUACACGUACUGUUGCAAAACAUUAUGGUGUACCAGUUGUUUUACAUAGUGACCAUUGUGCAAAAAAAUUAGAACCAUGGUUUGUUGGUAUGCUUGAAGCCGAUGAAGCUUAUUUUAAACAACAUGGUGAACCACUCUUUAGUUCUCAUAUGCUUGAUUUUUCUGAAGAAUCAAAAGAACAUAAUAUUGAUGCAUGUAAAAAAUAUCUUACACGUAUGGCACCAAUGAAAAUUUGGCUUGAAAUGGAAAUUGGUAUAACAGGUGGUGAAGAAGAUGGUGUUGAUAAUACCGGUGUUGAAAAUUCUGCACUUUAUACACAACCAGAAGAUAUAUGGGAUAUUCAACGUGAACUUUCAGCUAUUUCACCAUUUUUUUCUAUAGCUGCUGCUUUUGGUAAUGUACAUGGUGUUUAUAAACCAGGCAAUGUUCGUCUUCAUCCUGAAUUACUUGGUAAACAUCAAGCUUUUGUUAAAGAUAAAUUAAAUUCAAAAGAUGAUAAACCAGUAUUUCUCGUCUUUCAUGGUGGUUCAGGUUCAACUAAAGAUGAAAUAAAAACAGCUGUUUCACAUGGUGUAGUUAAAAUGAAUAUUGAUACAGAUACACAAUAUGCUUAUUGGGAAGGUGUACUAAAAUUUUAUAAGAAAAAUGAAGGUCGUCUUCAAGGUUUACUUGAUGCUGAAGAAAAACCGAAUAAGAAAUUUUAUGAUCCACGUGUAUGGUUACGUGAAGCUGAAGUAUCAAUGAGAAAACGUGUUGAAGAAGCAUUCAAUGAUUUAAACACUACAAAACAAUUAUAA